GCAGUUCUCUGUAUGCGGGCACCAACGGGCAUCACCACGGCCUGGGGGCUCCGCUGGCAUCCCUGUCCGUCAACAAGAGCCUGCUGGCUCCUCUCAACCUGGAGAUCGAUCCAAACCUGUCCAUGAGCCGAGCCCACGAGAAGGAGCAGAUCAAGAGCCUCAACAACCGCUUUGCAACCUUCAUAGAUAAGGUACGGUAUCUGGAGCAGCAGAAUAAGAUGCUUGAGACAAAACUGGAGCUGCUGCAGGGUCAGGGGGUCAGCCGAUCCAAUGUGGAACCCCUGUUUGAGGCCUACAUGGCAGGUCUGAGGCGCCAGAUGGACCUGGUCAACAAUGACAAAACUAAGCUGGAUGGGGAACUGAGAAACAUGCAGGGUCUGGUAGAGGACUACAAGCACAAAUAUGAAGAUGAAAUUAACAAGAGAAACAACCUGGAGAACGACUUUGUUAUCUUAAAAAAGGAUGUAGAUUCAGCCUAUUUGGUCAAGGCUGAUCUGGAGGAUAAAGUCGGAGCUUUGACUGAUGAAAUAAACUUCCUGCGUAACGCGUAUGAGGAGGAGCUGCGUGAGCUGCAGGCGAGCAUUAAAGAUACUUCAGUUGUGGUGCAGAUGGACAACAGCCGCAGUCUGAACAUGGAGCAGAUCGUAGCUGAGGUCAAAUCUCAGUAUGAGGAGAUUGCAGCCCACAGUCGAGAGGAAGCAGAGGCCUGGUACAAGAAUAAGUUUGACCAAAUGUCAGUCCAGGCCAGCCAGUUUGGGGACGAGCUUCGCAUCGUGAAGGGAGACAUCGCCGAGAUCAACCGACUGAUCAGCCGCCUGCAGAGCGAGAUAGAAGCGGUCAAAGCACAGCGUGCCAGUCUAGAGAACCAGCUGGCUGAGGCGGAGGAGCGUGGAGAGCUUGCUGUGAAAGAAGCCAAAGCUCGGAUCAGAGACCUGGAGGAAGCUCUGCAGAGAUCCAAACAGGAUAUGGCUCGACAGCUCCGGGAGUAUCAGGACCUGAUGAACUUGAAACUGGCUCUGGACAUUGAGAUCGCCACCUACAGGAAGCUGCUGGAAGGAGAGGAGGACAGACUUGGACAACAGUCUAUCCUCAACAUCCAGCCCAUCUCCAACUACAGUUUCUCUUCAAGUACUAAAAGCACUAAUGGCUACCAAAGUGCCUCCAGCUCUCCUGCCCCGAAGCUGCUGAUAAAGACAAUUGAGACCAGAGAUAACAGCAGAUACAGCAUUCACUGAGAGCACACUCACUGGUCCGCUGUGAUUUCUAAAAGCUGUCUCUAAAUGUGUGAGGGGCUCCACGGGACAUUUCAUUACUUUACUUAGAAUAAUGGAAACACAAAUGAUGUAAAUGACAAAACCGAGUGGGAGUAGUGCUGGGGUUUGUUGUUAGUUUCUAAUACUGUUAAGGAUUUAAAUGUGUUUAGUUUAGUGUGCUGAGUAGUCUAGCUUUAAUCAUAUGGGGUUUUGAUAACCACUGUGGUAGAGUGCUGUGUUAUUUACUG